AUGAAAACUAGUAAGAUAUUAAACCUGCUGCAGAUAUUUUUAUUUCCCCAUUUUUCUGCCACCGUGUCCAUCUCCCAAACCCGAGCCCAUACGACCAUUAUAGCCCUUCUGGCUUCUGCAGAGCUCUCUUCCUCUGCGUCAAAAGCAACAAUGGAGAGGGCUGCUCUUCUCCGCUGUUCCUCUCUAGCUCCCAACCGAUUCUUCUACUUCCCCGGCAGCAGAUCAUUUCCUCUUCGUCGUCCCGCUUCACCUCCCGUCUCGUCCCGCUCUGCUUCCUCCUCCUUAUCUUCCGCUUCUUCCCGCCUCCUCCGCCGCCGCCGUCACUCCAGACUGCUCCGCGUCGCUGCUUCUUCCUCCUCCUCGUCGCCGUCGUUCUCUUCAGCUCACUCCGAUAAACAUUUCUCCACUCUCUCCGCUCGCGCCGUAGCAACACCAUCAGCGCCUCAGUUCUCCUCAGAUGUUUCUGAUGAGGCUGCAGAGAAGCUGGGAUUCGAGAAGGUUUCGGAGCAGUUCAUUGAAGAGUGCAAAUCAAAGGCCGUGCUCUUCAAGCAUAGGAAGACUGGUUGUGAAGUUAUGUCAGUGUCGAAUGACGAUGAGAAUAAGGUCUUCGGCAUUGUGCUUCGAACGCCUCCGAAGGAUUCAACUGGGAUUCCACACAUACUGGAACACAGCGUGCUGUGUGGGUCAAGAAAAUAUCCUCUGAAAGAGCCGUUCGCGGAGCUAAUUAAAGGAAGUUUGAAUACAUAUCUUAAUGCAAUUACCUUUCCUGAUAGAACCUGCUACCCAAUUGCUUCAACGAAUACAAAGGAUUUCUACAAUCUAGUUGAUGUCUAUCUGGAUGCUGUCUUCUUCCCAAAUUGUGUGGAGGACGAACUAAUCUUUCAGCAGGAGGGCUGGCAUUAUGAGCUGGAUGAUCCUUCCAAAGAGAUCACUUAUAAAGGUGUUGUCUUUAACGAGAUGAAAGGUGUCUACUCUCAGCCAGAAAAUGUUUUGGGCCGGGCUGUUCGACGUGCUGUUUUUCCCGACAAUACCUAUGGAGUUGACAGUGGAGGGGACCCCACAGUUAUUCCCAAGCUGACAUUCGAAGAAUUCAAGGAAUUUCAUCGUAAGUAUUACCACCCUAGCAAUGCAAGGAUUUGGUUUUAUGGAGAUGAUGAUCCAUCCGAGCGCCUGCGAAUCCUGAGUGAAUAUCUGGAGAUGUUUGGGUCAAGUUCAUCUCCAAGUGAAUCGACAGUUGAGCCUCAGAGACUUUUCUCAGAGCCAGUAAGGGUUGUGCAUAAGUAUCCAGCUGGUGAUGGAGGUGAUUUGAAAAAGAAGCAUAUGGUGUGCCUUAACUGGUUGCUCUCUGAUAAGACACUGGACUUGGAAACUGAGCUUGCACUUGGAUUUUUGGAUCAUCUUUUGUUGGGAACUCCUGCUUCUCCAUUGAUGAAGAUAUUGCUCGACAGUGGUCUGGGAGAUGACAUUGUUGGUGGCGGUAUAGAAGAUGACCUUCUUCAACCUCAAUUCAGUAUUGGGCUGAAAGGAGUUUCAGAAGAUGAUAUUCAGAAGGUAGAAGAAUUAAUUUUCAGUACACUAAAAAAAAUAAGCGAAGAAGGUUUUGAGUCCGAAGCUGUGGAAGCAUCCAUGAACACAAUUGAGUUUCAUCUCAGAGAAAACAACACUGGAUCAUUUCCUCGUGGCUUAGCACUGAUGUUCCAGUCCAUGGGAAAAUGGAUUUAUGGUUUGGAUCCCUUUGGGCCUUUAAAAUAUGAGGAACCAUUGAAGGCACUGAAAGCUAGAAUAGCCAAGGAAGGCUCUAAAGCUGUUUUCUCUCCUUUAAUCGAGAAAUUUAUACUGAACAAUAAUCAUCGUGCUAUUGUGGAAAUGCAGCCUGAUCCAGAGAAAGCUUCUCGUGAUGAUUCCUUAGAGAGAGAAUCACUGGAGAAGUUGAAAGCAAGUAUGACAGAAGAAGAUCUUGCUGAGCUAACCCGUGCAACACAGGAAUUAAAACUGAAGCAGGAAACUCCAGACCCCCCGGAAGUUUUAAAGACUGUUCCAUGCCUCCAGCUUGAUGAUAUUCCGAAACGAACCACUCCCACUCCAAUUGAGGUUGGGGAGAUUAAUGGAGCAAAAGUAUUGCAGCAUGACCUGUUUACAAAUGAUGUCCUUUAUGCGGAAGUAGUAUUUGAUAUCAGAUCACUGAAGCAGGAGCUUCUUCCUUUGGUACCACUUUUCUGCACUGGAUACAUUUUCACCGAGACAGGAACCUUGGUUGCUAAGUCAAGCCAAUCGCUGCUUGAGAUGGGUACAAAGGAUAUGAGUUUUGUUCAACUUAAUCAGCUGAUUGGAAGGAAAACAGGGGGUAUAUCUGUUUAUCCCUUCACAUCCUCUGUCAGGGGCUCAACAGAUCUAUGUAGUCAUAUUAUCGUUCGAGGGAAGGCCAUGGCGGGGCGUGCUGAAGACUUGUUUAACCUGGUAAAAUGUGUUCUUCAAGAAGUACAAUUCACAGACCAGCAGCGAUUCAAGCAAUUUGUUUCACAGAGCAAAGCAGGAAUGGAGAGCAGCUUAAGCGGUAGUGGUCAUGCAAUUGCUGCUUCAAGGCUGGGUGCCAAGUUUAGUACUGCCGGCUGGAUUUCAGAACAAAUGGGUGGUGUCAGUUACCUUGAGUUCCUGCAAGAUCUGGAAAAGAGAGUUGAUCAAGAUUGGGAUGGAAUUUCUGCAUCACUAGAGGAAAUCCGCGCAUCUUUGUUGUCAAAGGAUGGAUGCUUGGUAAAUUUGACUGCUGAUGGGAAGAAUCUCACAGCCUCUGAGAAGUAUGUCAGCAAGUUCCUUGAUUGUCUUCCAAGCAGCUCAUCGGCAGCAACUGCUUCUUGGAAUGCUCGACUUCCUCUAGGAAAUGAAGCAAUUGUGAUACCUUCGCAGGUUAAUUAUGUUGGCAAAGCUGCUAACAUAUAUGAAGCUGGUUAUCAACUUCAUGGGAGUGUAUAUGUUAUCUCCAACCACAUUUCUAAUACAUGGCUGUGGGAUCGGGUUCGUCUGAUGGGCGGAGCAUAUGGAGGAAUGAGUCAUUUUAAUCCUUACUCAGGAGUCUGUUACUUCUUAUCUUGGAGAGACCCCAAUUUGCUGAACACACUAGAUAUAUACGAUGCAACUGGGGAUUUUCUGCGUGAUUUAGAACUUGAUAAUGAUACUCUUACAAAGUCCAUUAUUGGUACCAUUGGAAAUGUGGACUCAUACCAGCUACCGGAUGCCAAAGGUUAUAACAGCAUGUUGAGGUACCUGCGAGGUGUCACCGAGGAAGAAAGGCAACAGAGGCGCGAAGAGAUACUCUCAACUAGCUUGAAGAACUUCAGGGAAUUUGCAGACGCGAUCGAUGCUGUGAAACAUAAAGGAGUUUCAGUAGCCGUGGCAUCUGCAGGCCACAUAGAUGCAGCGCACAAGGAUCGCCCCAACUAUUUCCAAGUGAAGAAGGUCGUUUAAGCAUUGGGGAUCACCAUAUGAUCACCACCAAGCUAUCAUCCACCGUUUAUCAUAACGAGAUGAUCGAAUCAACCGGCUGAUUCGUUCGGCCGCUGUUAUAGCCAACCUAGAAACCAAAAACAAAGCAUAGAAGGAUGAGAUGAAAAUGAUGGCAGCAUUUGCAAACCUUAUAUGUUCAUUUGCGUCCCCGAUGAUGAAUACCAUUUCUCAUUUUAUCUGAAACUUUUCUCUGCAAAAAGUGAUCACUGGUAGCUAGCUUAGCAAGUUAACUUUCAUGCUCUGUUUUUUUUUUUCUUUUCUUUUUCUCAAACCAAAAAACAAAGUUGUGUAUAAGCAUAUGCAGGUAGCAGAGAAUUACAGAGUGAGCUCUCAUAAAGAUUUCUCCACCAGCAAGACAAGGAUGAGUACCUUUCAGCAGUAGCGACGCAGUUACAUCACGAACCCGAGUUUUUAAACAAAGGGCCGCCAUCAUCAUCAGCAUCAAUCUUCCAGUAGAUCUGACCUUCCUACUGAUCAUCAGAAUUCAGCGGACCACCUUCGAAAUUCAAGGUAGGCCGUCUUCUCGCUUCUUCUUCGUCGUCAUCGUGAUCUAUCAAUGUCUGCUUCGUAACAAACUUUUACAGUCUUACUGCCAUCUAUUCUGAUCUCCAUCCAUAUCAUUCUUUUCAUAUUCCAUUUCCCACCCAGUGAAACUUGAAUGCUGCCUAGUUAGAUCAAACUAGGAAAAAGGGGGAAAGAAGUAGGAAAUUUGCAGAGUGGUCCCUCUUGCUGCUCUAGGAGCCGCCACACCAGCCAUUGCCAUUGGUUUUGCCGCUGGUGUGAUGUGAAAUGUGGGUCGCUAGCAUAAAUUGAUGGGAGAGUAUUUGUUUUUAGUUCACAAUUAAUGGACAUGGGCCUAAACACAAGGUGGGGUAGAGCGGUAGAGGUGGCAG